AUGUUCAAAAGUGAUGAGAAACAAAUAUCAAGUAGCAAAGACAAAACUGGUAACAGUUGUAAUGUGUGCGAUGUAAACACGAAAACUUUUUCCUCGCCUCAGUAUUUAACUGGAAAAAAACUUGUUCCCAUGGGUGGAAAGCCAUUUGAGUGUUUGACUUGUCAGAGAAAAUUUGCACAAAGAAGUCAUUUAACGUAUCACGUAAAGACCCACACAAGUGAAAAGCCAUUUGAGUGUUCGAUUUGUCAGGAAAAAUUUGUACAAAAAAGUCAUUUAAUAAAUCAUAUCAGAAUCCACUCGGGCGGGAAGCCAUUUGAAUGUUCGAUAUGCCAAAAAAAGUUUACUCGGAAAAUUCAUGUAACAAGGCAUAUUAGAACUCACACAGGUGAGAAGCCAUUUGAGUGUUCGGUUUGUCAGAAAACAUUUAUACAAAAAAAUGAUUUAGUGAUCCACAUCAGGACCCAUACAGGCAAGAAGCCAUUUGAGUGUUCGAUUUGUCAGAAAACAUUUGUACAAAAAAGUCAUUUAAUAAAUCAUAUCAGAAUCCACUCGGGCGAGAAGCCAUUUGAGUGUUCGACUUGUCAGAGAAAAUUUGCACAAAGAAGUCAUUUAACGUAUCACGUAAAGACCCACACAGGUGAAAAGCCAUUUGAGUGUUCGAUUUGUCAGAAAACAUUUGUACAAAAAAGUCAUUUAAUAAAUCAUAUCAGAAUCCACUCGGGCGAGAAGCCAUUUGAGUGUUCGACUUGUCAGAGAAAAUUUGCACAAAGAAGUCAGUUAACGUAUCACGUAAAGACCCACACAGGUGAAAAGCCAUUUGAGUGUUCGGUUUGUCAGAAAACAUUUAUACGAAAAAAUGAUUUAGUGAUCCACAUCAGGACCCAUACAGGCGAGAAGCCAUUUGAGUGUUCGACUUGUCAUAGAACAUUUGCACAAAGAAGUCAUUUAACGUAUCACGUAAAGACCCACACAGGUGAAAAGGGAUUUGAGUGUUCGAUUUGUCAGAAAACAUUUGUAGAAAAAGGUGAAAAGCCAUUUGAGUGUUCGAUUUGUCAGAAAACAUUUGUACAAAAAAGUCAUUUAAUAAAUCAUAUCAGAAUCCACUCGGGCGAGAAGCCAUUUGAGUGUUCGACUUGUCAGAGAAAAUUUGCACAAAGAAGUCAGUUAACGUAUCACGUAAAGACCCACACAGUUCACAUGAGCACUCACACGGACGUAUUUGGGUGCCUUAAGUGCUCCCAAACUUUUGUUUCAAACAGGGACAUGACGGGACACAUGAUGCGUGACCACACAAACCCCAAACCAUUACGCUGCUUCCGAUGUCCUGAAGCUUUUAGAAAAGUUAUUGAAUUGAAGGAUCACAUGCGGACUCACCUUGGCAAGGAGACUGACAAAUUCUUCAAGCACUGCACCAUAUCUUGA